AGCGCCCCACACUGACGGGCGGGAGGGGACGACUACGGGAGCCGGCGCGGCCCAGGAGCGGCGGCGGCGGCGUUUCCCGGCGUGCCCCGCGGCGGAUUGUACACAAUCAUCAUGGCUGCCGCCGCCGCCGCCGCUGAUGGUGCCGAGGAGCCGGGCAUGGAGGCGGAGGCGCAGGAGCUGCCCCUGGGCUGCGGCGGAGGGGGCGGCUCGCCGGCGACGGGGAGGUCUCCGGAGGGCGAGGAGCGCCGGGAGCCCCCGCAGGCGUCUGUCAGCAACGGCGGCGGCGAGGACGGCGGGAGGGAGCUGGUGGAGCUGAAGGUGAUCUGGAACAAGAACAAGUACGACGUGAAGUUCUGCCUGGACAGCACGGGGGCCGAGCUGAAGCAGAAGAUCCACUCGCUGACAGGCCUCCCGCCGGCCAUGCAGAAAGUUAUGUUCAAGGGACUUCUGCCAGAGGAGAAAACGUUGCGGGAAAUCAAAGUAACAAAUGGAGCCAAAAUAAUGGUUGUGGGCUCUACCAUCAACGACGUGUUAGCAGUAAAUACACCCAAAGAUGCUGCUCAACAGGAGGUCAAAGCUGAGGAAAACAAAAAGGAGCCACUUUGCAGACAAAAGCAACACAGAAAAGUGUUGGAUAAAGGAAAACCUGACGACGUGAUGCCUUCUGUCAAAGGUGUGCAGGAGCGCCUGCCCACGGUGCCGCUGUCCGGCAUGUACAACAAGUCCGGGGGCAAAGUCAGACUCACCUUCAAACUCGAGCAGGACCAGCUGUGGAUUGGUACAAAAGAGAGAACAGAAAAGUUACCCAUGGGGUCCAUUAAAAAUGUGGUGAGUGAACCUAUUGAAGGCCAUGAGGAUUAUCACAUGAUGGCAUUUCAGCUGGGCCCAACAGAAGCAUCUUACUACUGGGUCUAUUGGGUCCCAACUCAGUAUGUCGAUGCAAUCAAAGACACGGUGCUGGGGAAGUGGCAGUAUUUUUGAAAGCACGCUCACCUCUGGCACAGGAAAAUGACACAAAUCUAAGGACACUGCUGGGAGAGGCCUCCAACAUCCCUGGAUGUGACAGUCCUGGAACUUAUUAUUAAAACAUGCUAAACGAGGCAUGGAUGGAAGCCAGAGGUGAUGUUCUUUCACCAUUAGUUUACUUUUAACUUAAAGAUUUCACCAUCCCUUUUCUGCAGUCAGCUUCAACCAUAUUUAAAGCAAAUACAAUGGAAAUCAAUAAAUCUUAAUUCACAAAA